AUGGACGACGGCGAGACGUUGAUUGCGACGACGUCGGUGCCUGGAUAUCCGCCUCCGCCUCUCGUAGGGAUGCCUUUCGCCAAAACCGCCAUACCGUACUCAAUUCUAUUCGUUGUGGGAACCCUCGGCAACACCGCCGUCCUCAGCUAUGUCUUCUUUAUCACCAGGUUUCAGCUUUGCCAAUUAAAACGAAUCAUGGUUCUCUCUUGGGAAUUUUAAGUUGCCGUCCACACAAAUUUCUCCCGCGUGACUUCAAUCUAACAUCUUUUGCUCCAAUUAUUUCAAAGCCCCGUUUUAUUGUUCUAAAAUUUAUUUUUUUCUUUUCUAGAGAACGAAGUAUUUUCAACGUAAAAGGCUCUAGCGCGUUGAAAAGUAAGUUACAUAACUGGAAAAAAGGAAAAAAUAAUGGAGGUUUCUCAUUUUUUUUUACUUCAUCGAAAAAAGGAAAUAAUUUUCUAUCGAAGUCUCAAAAAAAAAGUUCCCAUAUCAAGGUUUUUGAUCAAUUUUUGAUCAUUGAUCUGAAACCAGUAACUAGCCGUAUUCGGAAGCAGCAAACAGCCCUAUAGGAAAAUGGUGCAAAAGUGGCCAAAGUAAAUUUAAAAAGAUCUAGCAGUUUAAAUAAUUCGUGGCAAGAUUUUGAUAAAUUUGGAUCGCUGAUAAAUAACCGUUCAUUGGGAACUAGAAAGAAUGUGAAAUUGAGCGGUAUUAUUGAUGGCUUGAUAUUUUUGAAAUAAAUAGCAGUAUCUGUCAAAAAAUGUGGGUCAGAGCGAAUUUCAGGUCGCUAAAGUCUUCAGUGACGGCUUUGGGCAACACGUUCAUCUACAUCGUGGCGUUAUGUGCCGUCGACUUGCUCGUGACGGUUUCGAUCCCGUUCUCUCUGUCCAACACCAUCCUCAACAACUGGGUGUUCGGCGAGGUCGGCUGCAAGAUUCAUUGGACCCUCGAGUUGUCCAACAAGGUAUCUUGCAUCAAGUGUUGAUUCCUUUUUUCAUAUAUCAAGAGCACAGUUUUGGAAAAAACAAUUGUCGCAAGCCAAGUAAUUUUCCGGUUACUUAGCAAAGUUAUGCUUCUAUUGGUUAAUUGAAAAUUUCUGAAAAAGUCGAACAGAGUAAGAAUCUACGGACUUUCUUAAUUUGCUUUACCAGGGAACGGUUUUUCGCAAUAGAUCUCAUUUUCGAGUUAUGAACCUUCAAAAGCUUAAAGUAGCGCAUUUUGGCAUAAUUUGCGUAUUUUGCGGACUUUGAAGGCUCAUAAAAUUAAAGGAAAACCGACUGAAAGCCAGUCAUUGCGAAAUCUUCAAAUAAGAAAACUUAUAAUAAUGAGAACUUUAGUUUCAUUUCUAGAAUUCUUGAAAAAAUAAUAUUCUCAAAUUCUCAAGAAGAAUUUUUUUUUUGUCAAAAGCGUUUAACGGCGAUGAAAUGAAAAAAAACUUCAACCAAAGAUUUAUUAGAGAUAUCCCUCGCACUUCCAAAGAUUCCGCAAGCGAAAUAACUGCUAGAAGUAAUGUAGAGAUUUCUUUCUUUGAAGAUGUGCUCGACUUUCAUUCUGACGGCGCUCGCUUUCGAUCGCUAUAUGGCCAUUUGUCAUCCGGAAAACAAACGGGUCAGUUUUCCUGAGAUCAGAGUUCUUCACAAGUUCGAACUUUCAGAUACAUCAAGUGAGGCAGACGAUAUUCAUAACUUCCUUUCUGGCUCUUUUGUCAUUCGGUCUGAUCUUGCCAGUCGUUUUCUCAGCGCGUGUCAUAACUUUCCAUGAUAUGGGCCAAUACAUCUCAAGAAAAAAGGUCAGCUGUUAUAUGAAAAGCUUUGUUGUUGAAACUUUCUUAAAUUAAGAUCGGUUAGAAAAACUAUUUUUUUUAAAGUUAUGAUUUAAACCCAGUUGUGGAAGCUAAGAAAGAAGUUUCCAGAAAACUUGUUGAACUUCACAGCUUGGAGUAAGUUUUCUGAACUCUUCGAGUCAGGAAGCCCAAUUAAAAUUUUGAGAUUUAAUUGCUCUGUCGCGACAUGCAACGUCAAACUACAAGCUAGCAUAGAAAAAUCUUUUGUAUAGAAAUCGGACAACAUUUGAAGGUUGAAAUUGCUCGGAAGGAAUGACCGUUCUGAGGCUCCAGUUUAGUUACCGCCAAGCUAUAGAGUCAACUUUGAGAAAUUAGCUUUCUUACUGAACGCUGCAAAAAAGCUUUUUUGGGCUGGUUAAAAAAAUUUGGAGGUCUGAUUUAUAGUUUCGAAUUUUGAGUAAUUGCAAUCUGUAAUUUCCCAUCAGUAUCUUCAUUCCCAGGCAAAAUUCCCUAGUCGAGAGAUUUUUUUUAGUUUACGUUGAUGUUAUAUUUUUUUUUUUAAAUUAGCUUUUUUGGGCAUGUUCAAUUUCGGGUUAUUCAGGACAUUUGUUUAGUCCAAAUAAACACUGUUUUACUUGCAAAAUGAUUUUUAUGAAAUAAAAAAAAUCGAGGUUUGAGUAAAAGUCCAGAAAAUGUUCUGAAGAUGAAACUCGACAAAUAUGAAAAUGGAAUGAUUUGUUCACUAAGAGCACUGCAAUGCAGGAAGUGCGGAAGGUGAUAAAGCACAUGUGCAUCGACGGUAUGCAGCGGGAGUACAAGCUGCUGGUCUCUGGCUUUUUGAUUUUCUUCGCUUUUCUCCUGCCUUGUACUCUGCUCACCUUCUUCUACACACGCAUCGUCCUGCGCCUCCGCCGUCAGAAGAGGUUAUUUAGCAUGAUCUUCGGUGGACAAAAGUAUUCUAUUCAUCAUCUCACCUCUUUCAUUAGAGCCGGCCGUUGUUGUCAAAACAUUUCGCGAAUUUAGUAGUUCAACACAUUUUUAUAAUUUCUUAAUAGUUCCUGAAGCCUACGUACGCUGGAACGCAUCUAGCGUGGAAUUUUUGAUGAGAAAGUUGAAAUAUUCAGAAUUCUCAAGUCCAAACACGUUUUACAGCCGUCUAGAGGGUUAUGGAGAGUAAUUAAUAAUUCUAAUAAAAAUGUGUUUGCUUCAAUAGCGAAUUUUGUAAAGAUUGAUUCGAAAAAAGAUCCGAGCAUUCAGAAUGAUGUUCCAAUCGAGGAUUCCACUGCGUCGCAUAACGAUCUACACCAUGGCUGCCACCUUUUUCUACCUUUCGUGCCAAGUUCCUUUCUGGGUACCGCAGAUCUACGGCGUCGUCUGCAGCAUGUUCUCCUUGAAGCUCAAUCCCGACUUCCUCACCUACACGGUUUUCUUGUGAGAAUCCUCGCGUGACGUUCUCUUUCAGUACUACUCUCACUUGCUGCCUUUCAUGUCAGCAGCCUUCAACUGGAUCUUCUAUGCUCGGCUCAACAGUCAGUUCAAGAAAGGGCUGGUGCUGGUCACGGAGCGAAUGAUCCGCAAAAGAACCAAGUUCGUGAGUCUGUAAAACGAUUCAAGCUUCUCUCAGGUCCCUGCAAAACGGAACGUGUCGUGACAAGGAAACUUGUGACGACGUCGGAAUGGACCUCAUCUCGAGGACGGACGACGGCCCUGUGGUUUGCCCCAAAUGCGAGGUUUGUUGAACAAAAGCGCUGCUUCGAGUCAUUCUAGCUGCGAGGACCUCACAAUUUCCGUCUUUGAGAAUCAUUCAUUUGCAUAAAAAAAAUUGAAAGGGAGAAAGACAGCCGGUUGCAGAAGCUCGAGCAUACCGAAAAACAAAAGCCACGAGAAAGUUCUAAUCAGGCGAAAAGUGCUCGAUUUUAUUUGGUUGGCCGAAAAAUUUUGUCAGACAUAACGCGGAAUUUUUUUUUAUGUAGAAUUUGUUUUCUAAAUGGGAAUAAUCCUUUGGAUAAAUAAUGACUAAAAUAAUUAUAAUUUCCGGUAACCAACUAAAAAACGUACCUUUGAAAAAUUUUUAAUUUUUUUUUCUCUAAUCAUGGUAAGAUAUAUAUUUUUACUCGCGCUGGUAAUUGUCGUUGACUUCAAUUUGAUCAUGUCUUUCCGUCAAUCCAAUGCGCUCGUUUUACUUUAUUCAACAGAACUCGGUUUGAAUUAAAACCAACUGAGACACCUUUCACUAAUGAAAAGAUGAUAGCCGAAAAAAGCAAAAACGAAACACUUCUGCUCCUUUUGACGAAAUAAAUAAAAAAUAACGAUCGGGCAUGUCAUCAUUUCACAUUGAAGAUUUUGUUGAGGGAAAAGUCGCAAACCUUUAGCCAUCCUGUUCUCAAUUUUUCUUUUCAGGCAACUGUUUCUCUGCGCGUAAAGAAAACAUCCUUCGUGGCACCUUACACUGGAUAG